AUGGGGACCAGGUCUCUUGACAUUACUCUCAUUUCCGCUUAUGACCUCAAAAAUGUAAACGUUCUCUCCAACAUGCACGUCUAUGCCGUCGCCACCUUCUCUAGUGAGUCCCAGACCACCUCCGUCCACCGCGACUGCGGCGUUAAACCCAACUGGAACCACCACAUGCGGUUCACCGUAGAUGAAGCUUCCUUAUCACAGAAUAAUCUUCAUAUCACUUACAGUGUUAAAGCCAGUCGCGGCUGUUUCGGUGACUCCGACCUCGGAAAAGUUCACGUUUCCAUUCAAGAAAUGCUGGCUCAAAGUAAUAAUGGAUCAGAGGAAAAGAACAUGACUUAUAACAUCACAACUCCCGGUGGUCGGUCUAAGGGUUAUUUAAAUGUUUCUUUCAAGUUUUCGCCGACGCCGCCGGCACCCGCCAUGGCGGCUGCUCCAAUUUACGAUACCCCACCGCCUGGAAUGUCUUAUCCUCCUCCUGGAACUGUAGGUGCAGGAGGCUAUCCGCUGCCGGAUCAUCAUGCAGAGUCUAAUUCUCCAUACCCUCCGCCGGCACAAGGGGGAUAUCCACCACCGCCGCAACUCAUGGCGGCGCCUCCAGCACCCACCACCGCUUCUUCUCCAAUUUACGAUACCCCACCACAUGGAAUGUCAUAUCCCCCUCCUGGAACUGUAGGUGCAGGAAGCUAUCCGCCGCGGGAUCAUCAUGCAGGGUCUAAUUCUCCAUACCCUCCGCCGUCACAAAGGGGAUAUCCGCCGCCGGAUAAUCAUCAUGAUGGGGUUAAUUCAGCGCACCCGCCUCCGGAUAAAGGCGUAUAUCCACUGCCUGAUCAACAUGGAGGAUAUCUGCCCCCUGAUCAGCAUGGAGGAUAUCCACUCCCACAAAGCUCUUCACCCAUUCCACCCCCUAACUCAUGUUAUCCACCACCGGCAGGAUUCCCACAACUGCCGCCUCCGCCGCUGGGGUAUGGAGGUACUCCACAACCUCAGACUCCACCGCCGGCACUCGCAAGUGGGUAUAAUUACCCGCCACCGGGUCCAGGGCCUAGUGGAAUGUCAGCAUAUGGAAAUUAUCAUGGUCGGCCGGUUGCGCCACCGAAACAAACGGGCGGUGGCGGUGGUGGUGGUUUGGGUAUGGCGGCCGGAGUGGGACUGGGAAUGGGAGCAGGAGCGUUGGGAGGGCUGGCUGUUGCAAGUAUGAUGGAUUGGGAUUUGGACUCAGAUUAA